AUGGGUUCCUCUGAAACGGAAGUGACAGAGCAAAGGCUCCCCAUGAAUCCAGAUGCAGCAGAGAAUGGGGAAUGUAGUGGAAUCAUUUACUGUGAGGUCUGUGGAUCUUCCUGGGAGAAAGAAAAGAUGGGUUCCUCUGAAACGGAAAUAACAGAGCAAAGGCUCCCCAUGAAUCCAGAUGCAGCAGAGAAUGGGGAAUGUAGUGGAAUCAUAAUUAAUGGAAGCACCAGACAAGCAAGAGAAGCCUUCUUUCUGAAUCAGGGCCAUUUUCCAUACGGUAAGUGAGUUCUGAUGAGAAAGGCAUGAGUUUGUCAGAAAAGUUAUGGAUUUGCUGCUGGAAUGAGAGCUGCAGAAUGCAGGCCAACUAAUCAAAUUCAUGGGGACGCUAAUUUAUUCGUGCAAUUAAAAGCCAUUGGAAAAGGAUGGCUACAUAGACACUCGUGUGAAAAUUGAGGAAUGUUUCUCAGACUCUUCUUAGUUCCUCUCUCAGAUGGAACUAUCCUUGCUCAUGCAGGCAUGCAUAAGGAGAAGGGGGUGAGGCUGCCCUUGAGGAGAGAGAUUCCUGGCUGUUCUUCCCCUUCCCCUUCCAUGUACACCAAGAAUGGAGAGCUUGUCUCUCGCCAGAUGUUGCUGGAUUCCAACUCCCUCCCAUCACUCCCUGCCAGCAUGGCCAGUGUAGACCAAAAACAUCUGGAAUAUCACGAGGUCCCCAUUCCUGCUGCACACAGACCUAGAGAGUCACUGAUAAGCGAAGAGACCAGGAAUCUGCAAGUGCAGGCGCAUGGUCCACAGCAUUGACUAGCACAGCGGCACUUUAAUGCGUUGUUGUUGUUGUUGUUGUUGUUGUUGUAUGAUGCCCAUCUGAUUGGGUUGAAUGGUAUACAUUACAGUAGACCAUACUGAAAUUUAUAUUUUAGUGGGUGAUUUAUAAUUUUUUUAAAAAUAAAUAAAUAAAAUUCUCAGCAAAUUGAGAAGCAAACGAUACUGUGCAAAUCCCCUGGCUUCACAACUUUGCGUUAUGCAACACUAUUUCAAAACUUAUCGUUCAAAACAUAUUGGUUCCUCCUUCUUCCAGGAACCCAAUCUGACGAACCAAGUAUUGCCAUGUUUACAUGCUGGUGACAUGGCAUUAACUGAAAAAAAAUUAUCUGCUGAAAGCAGACACUCAGAGCUGCAUAUUGCUGAUGAACCACUUUGCUGGCUAGUCCUUACAUUUGGAUCUGGUUUUCUUUAACUGUCAGUUAUGCCAUCCUUGCCAUAUAAUUAAUAUAGCAACCUUAGUACAUCUGCUAAUCCUGGUCCGUGAACUACAAACUGCUAUUUUGACUUAUUUGGGUGAGGCAAGCUUGAAAAUUCACUAUCCUGUAUUGAAUGAAUAAAGCUUCUUUUAGCACAGGAAAAUGUUCUUUGGUUGAGCACUUCAUUUUAAUGCAUUUUGUUUUGCACAUUAAUGGAUCUACCCGUGAUGUGUUGGAACCAACCCUAUGUUAUACAGAAAUGUGCAAGAGCUCAAACAGUAUCCCCUUAAUGGUUUGUUUUACAAUCAAGAUUAAAAUGGUUUCAGGUUAUUCGCUUGAGGUUGCUGCACUAGCCUGAGAUGCGUGAACAAAAUAUCCCAUUCUGUUUCUACAUAGGACAGAGAUCUCCUGUCACUUCCAUGCUGCCAGCAAAAAAAACUUUCAACUUCUGUUUUGAGGGCAAUUCAGAUGCUCUAAAAGGGAUGGGUAACUGUGACCUUCGAGAUGUUGUUGGACUACAAUUCCCAUUACCUGUGACCCCUGGCAAUGAUGACUGGGGCUGAUGGGAGUCCAGCAACAUCUGGGGGGCUGCAGGUUACUCACCCCUGCUCCAAAGCUCUGUGUACAUAGUUAUAAUAUAGCAGUAUAUGGCACUGCAGCUCCCUUGACUGGCACUGUUUUCUGUUAACAAUCUUGGCAGCCAGGGGAUUUAACAAGGCUGCCACUAUUAGGCAAUUUACACUGACAAGCAUAACUUCUGGAAGUCCAGCUUAACAGGACAGAUGUUACAACAGCUGCAUUGCCAGGAGGUAGGCUGCUUACCUGUUCUGGAUGGGAUUACAAUCCCUCUAAAAGUGCAAGUGCUCAGUUUAUACUAACAGUUACAUUUCAAAUUUCCCUGCUUGCACAUGCGUACAUACAUUGGCUAACCGUUAAUGAUUCACACGACGGGUUGUGUUUCCCUCUGUCUUCUGGCAUUGUCCGUGUGGCAUUUGGCAUGUAUCACAUUCCAUUCAGUUCUUGCAGUCCCUUCAACUUUUGCUCUUAAAAAGAAACUGGAUUACUACAGUGCUCUAUGUGGGGCUGCCCUCCAGCCCAGCUGUGAAGCUCCAGAUUUUGUAGAAUGCCUAGACCUCUGAUGGAGGCAGAUGGUUGACAGUACGUGGCAGCUCUGCUCAAAUGUUUGCAGCGGAUGCACAAACUUGGCCCUCCAGCUGGAUUGGGACCACAAUCCCCAUCAUCCCUGACCACUGGUCCUGUUAGCUAGGGAUGAUGGGAGUUGUAGUCCCAAAACAGCUGGAGGGCUGAGAUUGCCUAUGCCUGGUCCACAUAUACAAAGACCAGAAGAACUUUGGUCCAGGAUACCUUAAGGGCCACCUGAGCCCUUAUAUCCCAGCUUCAUCAUUAGGAUCAUCCACAGGAGCACAUCUGGUUGUCUCCAUGUCUCAGAAGCCCAAGUGACCUCAGCUAGAAGUUGGGCAUUUAGCGCCACCAGUUCAAUCUGUGAAAGGCUCUUCCAGCAGAGACACAUCAGGCAUCUUCACCUCUGACUUCCAGGUAUCUCUUGAAGACCUCUUCGUAUGCCAGCAAGCCUAUACAGCUGUUUAAAAUGUUGAUUUUCCAGUUAUAUUAAUCAAUCAAUCAAAACCUUUAUUGCAUUAGCAUACAGCCAUAGCAAAAUAAGACAAAAAUACUAGAGACAAGCAACCAAACAAAAUUCAAAGCAAUAUUACUGGCGUAAUGACAUUUAAAUUACCCUAAGACAAUAAUGUAAAGAUUUAGUUGCCAGCGCCAAGAAUCCAAAAUGCGGAUGUAUAUAAAACAUAAAAUGGCCCCAAAAUAGGCUCGGCACAUUGGGUUGAAAAAGUAAUAAAAAGAAUUAAAACAGGUCCAGGUCUAGGACACACUACCCAGUCAGAGUAGCCCUGAGUUUCAGAGCCUGCACUAUAAAGAUUGCCACCCCACGUGAAAUUUGGGGAUUUGCGUCCACAAGAAGCGAUUUCAAACAGUCUUCCUUAGAUGUAAUGGUGGACGGGAUCAAGAGGAGGAGCUUAGGUCUUAUUGGCUCAUAAAUAGGGCAGUAGAAAAAGAAAUGUAUGAAGUCCUCUACUUCAUUCAUUGUGCAUGGACAUAAACGCUGAGUAAUAGGGGUCUUAGAGUAAAUCCCCUGCAGGAAGGCCGUGGGUAUAGAAUGGAAACGGGCCAUAGUAAACGCUCUUCUCAAAUUGGGCUCCGUCAGGUCUAUCAAGUAGUUGGCAAGUGAUCUUACCACUUUCACUUUAGGGAGCCACAUGGAGAGGCGAGCUGUAAUGGACUGUGCCCGGUCCAUGGCCUCGUCUCUUGUAAGAAUCCAGGCCCGGAUUUUAUGUUGGUCCCAAGAUGACAGCGUGUCGAGAUCUGGGAGGGAGUAGCGUGCAGUAAUAGUCUCCAUGGCCUUGGACCAUUUGUUGGUAUGAGAACAAGUUAAAAAGGCUUGCCUAGCUAGUAGGGAACCUGGGGCAUUGAAUAAUUUACAGUAAAAACUAAUGAUUCUAAUGUGGGCUCUUGCAACAAUGGAGGGAGGCCCAGUUCUGUUCUUAACUGUGCAGCAACUGAGCCCUUGGGAGGCCCAGUAUCUUUCGUGCAAAAGAGUUUUGCAGAAUCUCCAGCGAUUGUAGUGUUUUUAAAUUCCACCCCCAGAUUUCAACCCCAUACAGUAACAUCGGGAGGACUUUGCUGAUAAAUGCUUUUCUGAUUGGUGGAACCAACUGGCCGCCUUUUGCAUAGAAGAAUUUCUCCAAGGCUUUGAUGGUUCUACGGGCAGCCAGGAUGGUCAUAUUUAGGUGAGCUGACCAGCUAAGCCCAUGCUGAAAAGUGAUACCCAAAUACUUGAAUGCUGAACAAUAUUCAAUAGAGUGGCCCUCAAAAUUCCAGAAAGGCUUCCGAGUUUUCGUGCCAAAAGUAAGAAUUUUGGUUUUGGCGAAAUUGAUUUUGAGGGGUUGGUAUCACAAUAUGUCAUGAGCCCUCUGAGCAUGUUGUUUAAGCCCUGCUUGGUUAAAGACAGUAUCACCAUGUCGUCCGCAUAGAGUAAUAUGGGGAUCUUGAGCUGUUGUAAAGAGGGGACAGAUUGAUUUAGGGCCUUCAUGGUUGUAACGAUGUCAUUGAUGUAGAAAUUGAAUAGAAAAGGGGCCAAGAGGCAGCCCUGUUUGACCCCUUUAUUCAGAGGGAAAGGAUCAGAUAGAGCUCCCAGAGGGCCGAAUUUUACUCUGGCCGAUAUGUCAUUAUGAAUUUCCAUAAGAAGGUGGAGGAGUCUCUUAUCUAUGUUAGUGUAACUAAGCUUCUGCCAUAGCCUAUCUCUGGGGAUGGAGUCAAAAGCGGAGGUCAGGUCCACAAAAGCCGCGUGUAGUUUGCAGUUGAACCUGUUUAGAUAUUUAUCAAUCAGGGUAAAUAGAACAAGACAUUGGCCAGAUGUGCUGUGACCUUUACGGAAGCCAGCCUGUUCCGGGUGAAAUAGCUUUGUUUCUUCUGCCCACUCGAUUAAUUUCUCUAGCAAGAAUCUAGAGUAGACCUUGUAUGAUAUGUCCAGCAGGCUGAUAGGUCGAUAGUUACGCGGAUCUUUCUUUUUUCUUUUUUCCCCUAUUUCUACUGGAUUUUUUUGUUUUAUUGUAUACUUUAUUGGCCCAAAUAUAAGCUGUACCUGAAUAUAAGCCACACCUUUAAAAUUAAAGGGGGGGGGAGAGAAAAUGCUCGCUCCAAGCCCAUUUUUGUAAGGUCGCGAAUAUAAGCUGCACUUUAAUAUUUCACGGUCAGAAUUUGGAAAAAGAGAGAGGCUUAUAUUCAGGCCUAUACGGUAAACAUUAUUGUGCAUUACCUUGAUAGUUUAGGAGAUGGUGGCAUGUGAAUACUUUUUAAUAAAAUAAAUAACUGGUGACUCACCAGUCAUGCGCAGAGGCCUAUCAGUUGGCUGACUUUGUGGUGGGAGGCACCAAACCAAUGAGCUUCAUGAUGCCACAGGUGAACUUGGUUCAUCUCAUACUCUUCCAACAUCCCACUGACCAAAAUUGGGACGUUUCUUUUUUUGGUCCCCAGCUGACUUGCACUACAAGUCAGACUCAGACCAAAAAAUGGGACAUUCCGGGAUGCAAUCAGGAGCCAGGAUUGGCGUCUGUAAUUCCAAGAUGUCCCACAUAAAUCAGGACUGUUGAGUGGUAUGACAUCUUGGUGUGAUGCAACCUUGAACUCACACCUUCAAUGUGGGUGGACGACCCAAGCCUGGGUAGACUUGGAAUCCCCAGAUACUUUGGAGUUUCUAGAAGGACUUGUCUGGCAUCUUGCUGAAACCAAGGACACAUUAACACUUUAUUUCCCUCUGCAGGUUUGAGCAAUAAUGGAAAAGGGAAACUCGCUAUUUUUGUAAUGAUUGUGAGCUUGGGGCUUAAUGUCAUUCUGAUCAUUUCCAUCAUCAUCAGCAGCAGCAGCACUGGUUUAUCAAGUAAGUGAAGAGCCAUUUUGAUGUAACGUCUGCCAGGUUAUCAACAGGCCACAUGCUCUCACAGAUCUUCUCUCCUCAGCAGCUAGAAUAGCUUUAUUCAGUUGAGGUAGCCUGGAAGCAGUUGUGGAUAGGGGCCCACAUUCAGGCAAGGUAGACUUCAUGUACUGUAAUAAUAGACCAAUAUGCACAAACAAUAUACACACACAAUACACACACAAUUUCAAAUGAUUUAAAUUGUACUUUACAAUUCUAAUCAAAGGCCUAUCUCAGGGAGAGUCAACUAGACCCUGGCUGUGUAUUUCAUGGAUAGUCAAUUGAGGUUGAGUGUCUCUGGAUGAGCCACAAGAGAAGCUGCUCUAUGUCCUGCAAGCUCCUGAGUUUUUGAACAGAGAUGGGCACUGGGCUGUCUGCCCUCCCUCCUACCCUCAUUUCCCCACCCUUAUCCAGCCCCACCUGGAGAUGAUGGGGGUUGACCGGAGACCUCCUGCACACAGUUUCUGUGUGGUGUAUUUGCAAUUAUGUUGUUAUACGAUAUUUUUAUUUUUAAUUAUUUAUUAAAGAUUUUCUUGUUUUACUAUAUUUUUAUGUGAUGGUUCUUAUGAUGCUUGAGAUGUGUUCCCAUUUUCUUUGUUGCAAGCUGCUUUGAGCAGGAUUCCUUUUGUGGAAAGGCAGCACACAGAUAUAAUGUUGAUGAGUGGAGGACAUUGCCUGACCUUUAUUUUGGGUAGGACUAUUUAUAAGCUAUGGAUAAUGAUCUGUCUCACUUUCUGACACCUUUCUAGGGAGAAGCGCAGUAUUGCCAACCGCCCUACCUUCUCCUUCCACUCCAACUGUGUGCUGUCCGGACGGCUGGAUUGGCUACCAAAGGAAAUGUUACUAUUUUUCGGACAGUUACAGAAACUGGACAUAUAGCCAGAAUUAUUGUGCCUCUUUCAAUGCCUCUUUGGUCGUGAUUGACUCCCAAGAAGAGAUGGUGAGUGGAAAGAUACAGAGCACAGUCUGCAGCCCCAAAUACAGUAGAUUCACAAUUGGAUGAGGGUUGGAAAUGUAUUUUCUUUCUUUCUUUCUUUCUUAUUUAUUUAUUUAUUUUCUUUAUUAAGAGCUUUUUGAGACGGUACAAAGGUCCUGCUGACUACUGGAUUGGUCUCCAAAAGAUGAAUGACCAGGAGCCUUGGAAAUGGAUCGAUGGCACCAUUUUCAAUAACUGGUGAGCAUCCACAAUGAAAAUGUGUAAUAAACAAGUCCCUUAAAACAGUGUAACAGUUAAAAUAGUUUGAGUGAAAAGAUCAAGGGAAUGCUUGCCCAAACAGGUGUGCUUUGAGGAGCAACAUAUGCAGUGCUUUUUUAAUAUAGAAAAUAAGGUGCCAAUAUUCACCAUGAAGUUCUUACAGCAAGUGCCACGCUUUGAACAUUUGGAAAAGAAAAAAGGGCGCAGGUACUGAGUACCAUUGAGUACCCUCUGAAAAAGCACUACGUAUAUUCCUCAAGGACUACAAAGCUCCUGGUCCUAGCCUAGUGGCAUGCAGUCAAGGAACUAGGCGCAGGGGUCAGCAAACCUUUUUAGCAGGUGGCUGGUCCACUAUCCCUCAGACCUUGUGGGGGGCCGGACUAUAUUUUUUUUGGGGGGGUAAAAUGAACAAAUUCCUAUGCCCCACAAAUAACCCAGAGAUGCAUUUUAAAUAAAAGCACACAUUCUACUCAUGUAAAAACAUGCUGAUUCCUGGACCAUCCAUGGGCCGAAUUGAGAAGGCGAUUGGGCCGGAUCUGGCCCCCGGGCCUUAGUUUGCCUACCCAUGGACUAGGGGGACUAGGCUAGUCCCCUAAAUGUUCCCAGUAAAUAAGAGUAUUGACGUAUUAAAACCUGGCGCCUCCUUCCCAAAGCCCAAGAAGCUUUUGCCUGGCUUAGAGCGGGAGGCAUGAUGCCUGUGUUGGACGUGGCAAUGUUGCAACCUCACUUGUUCUCCACCCCACCCCAAUCACAAGCUGGUGCCACUUGUCCUAACUGUUGCCCUACAAAAAAGUUCACAACACGCCACUGUCAAAGGCACAUUUGUAGUUUCACAAUUGUUACUAGUACAGUGGUACCUCGGGUUAAGAACUUAAUUCGUUCCAGAGGUCUGUUCUUAACCUGAAACUGUUCUUAACCUGAAGCACCACUUUAAGCUAAUGGGGCCUCCCGCUGCUGCUGUUCCGCCGCCGUGCUUUUUCUGUUCUCAUCCUGAAGCAGAGUUCUUAACCUGAAGCACUAUUUCUGGGUUAGCAGAGUCUGUAACCUGAAGCGUAUGUAACCUGAAGCGUAUGUAACCCGAGGUACCACUGUAGUCUGCCUGAAUGUUGAGGAACUGACCAGAAGCCUUCUCGCUUCUUAUACACAGAGCUCCACCUUGUGGUCAGCAGCACACAUAGAAGUUCAUUUUCAGUCAUAGCGCAGCAAGAGUUUGAUGUUUCCUUUCUAGGCCAGAUUCUAAAGAAAAUAUUUUGGUGGAAAAGCUGCUUAGAAAUAUGAAUAUUUGUAUUAUAUGAAUAUGAAUGCAAUUGUCUUCUUCAGGUGAAAAUUUGCUUCCAGGCCUCCCUGCACCCAUGCUUGGCGUUUCUCCCGCUGCUAGUUCUCAGGGAUAUUUCUAUGGAUAUUUUCUAUGGAUUGUGGUUAAUGGGUUGAGGUUGAAUUCCAACAACACAGAAGUACAGUUUCUGGGGGACAGCGGACGGGCAUGUUUGGGGUAUUCCCUGGUCCUGAAUGGAGUUACUGGGCCCCUAAAGGACCAGCUGUACAGCCUUGGGAUCUUCUUGGACUCACAGCUGUCCAUGGAGGCGCAGGUCAAUUCUGCCAGCUCCAUCUGGUACACCAGCUGAGACCCCAUCUGCCUGCGCACUGUCUCACCAGAGUGCUGCAUGCUCUGGUUAUCUCCCGCUUGGACCUGCCUCAUAUAACUGAUCACAAGAUGCAACACAUGCACACCAUUUGAGUGGCAUUGCCCAUUAAUUUUGGGGGGCAGCCCCCUCAAAUAUUUUAUUGGAGGACCGAAGGGAUCUCGGCACCUAGGAGUUGGCUCCUUUGAUGAUAACCUUUAAAGCUCUAAAUAGCUUUGUCCCUGUAUACCUGAAGGAGCAUCUCCACCCCCAUCGUUCAGCCCAGACACUGAGGUCCAGCACUGAGGGCCUUCUGGCAGUUCCCUCACUGCAAGAAGUGAAGUUACAGAGAACCUUCUUGGUAGUGGCCCCUGCCCUGUGGAAAGCCCUCCCAUCAGAUGUCAAGGAGAUGAAGAACUGUACAACCUUUAGAGGACUUCUGAAGGCAGCCCAGUAUUGGGAGUUUUUAAUGUUUGAUGUUUUAUGAUGUUUUUAAUAUUUUGUUGGGAGCUGGCCGGAGUGGCUGGAACAACCCAAUCAGAUGGGUGGCAUAUUAAUAAUAAAAUUAUUGUUAUGAUUAUUUCAACAUAUGUUCUGUUUGAAAUUUUAGGUUUAAAAUUUGGGGAGGAGGAGAAUGUGCUUAUAUAAACCAUCAAAGUGUUGCCAGCUCCAGCGGCCGGCGAAGAACCCUGGAUCUGCAGCAAACCGUUUAG